UACAAACUAACGGAGCCUUAUCGCAUUUAGUCAUAUCGUUUUGCAUUUAAAAAAUGUAUUGAAGAGGUAUUAAGUUGGAAUCACAAAGUUUGAAUACUACUUAGAACAUAUAAUAAAUUCUAUUUAUUUUGUUUCCGAAUUAUAAUGGGAAAAGUACAAACGUUAAGACGUAAUGCUUGUAUUAUUGUCUUGGGUGAUAUUGGACGAAGUCCUCGAAUGCAGUAUCAUGCAGUAAGUUUAUUAGAGGAAAACUACAAUGUUGAUUUGAUUGGAUAUGCUGAAACAAAACCAUUGGAGGAAUUAUCAACAGCUAAACCAAAAUGCAAAAUACAUGAACUCACACCGGUUCCGGCGAUAAAUCUAACUCCCAUAUUAAAAUUGAUUUUUAAAACAAUUUGGCAGACAUUAAGUCUAAUGAUUGCAUUAGUGUCGAUAAGAAGACCAAAUUUUCUACUUGUCCAAAAUCCUCCAGGAAUACCAACUUUAGUUGUUAGUUAUUUGUAUUGUGCUUUAACACGUACUCGGUUGAUUAUAGAUUGGCAUAAUUACACGUAUACAAUAUUAGGUCUUGGUAUAAGAGGUGGGGAGACGAGUAGAAUUUGUCGUUUAGCAAAAUGGAUUGAGAAAUGGUUUGGAAGUAAAGCAGAUGCCAAUUUUUGUGUUACCAAAGCUAUGAAGGAGGAUUUAAGCGUUAACUGGAAUAUAAGAAAUAUUACGGUGUUAUAUGAUAGACCUCCAUCACAGUUCCAUCCAAUUGAUGUGGCGGCAAAGCACGAUUUAUUUAUGAAACUUUCUAAGGAUUACCCACAAUUUCUGCCAAAGUGUUAUGAUAAUUUAAAGGAGUCUGGAGUAUUAGAAGAAACAGCAUUGACCCAAAAACUAAGCAAUAAUAUAGUAGUUAACAAACCACAGAGAAUGGGCAUAUUAGUUUCUUCCACUAGUUGGACGCCAGAUGAAGAUUUUGGACUACUAUUAAAAGCUUUGCAAGCUUAUGAGAAAGAAGCUUCAAAUUAUCCGAAUAAAUUUCCCUUUUUAAUGUGCAUUAUUACGGGGAAAGGACCCCAAAAGGAGGAAUACCAAAGACAAAUAGAAAAAAUUAAAUUCACUAAAGUGGGUAUAAUUACUCCAUGGCUUGAAACACAGGAUUAUCCCUUAAUAUUAGGUGCUGCAGAUUUAGGCGUUUGCCUACAUUGGAGUUCAAGCGGUUUGGAUUUACCGAUGAAAGUUGUAGAUAUGUUUGGUUGUGGUCUGCCAGUAUGUGCAUACAAUUUCAAAUGUCUCAAUGAGUUAGUUCGUCCGGGAGAAAAUGGUUUCAUCUUUGAAAGUCAUCAGGAACUCGCUCAGCAACUAAUAUUUUGGUUUGAAAAUUUUCCCAAUAAUCUAAGCCUGUUGGAAUCAAAAGAAUUAUUUCGAAAAAACUUGCAAAAAUUCCAGUCCCAGAGAUGGCACGAAAAUUGGCAAUCCAAUGCACUGCCGAUAUUUAAUUCAUUUCUAUGAAAUAAAAUUACAUUUUAGCACUGA